AAAUAAUGUAACAGGAAGAAAGAAGAAUCACUAAAGAUUACUUAAAAAAACUAUUAAGAAAGGAAUUCAAACUCUAUUACACUACACCUGAACUUAAUGAUUGUCUCUAUCUUCAUUAUAAAGGUUUUGAAAAGAUCGAGAAUCUUGAAUAAUUUACAGGAUUAAAAGUUAUCUAUUUGGAAGGAAAUGGCCUCAACAAUAUUGAAGGUAAUAUCAUUCAUUUAUCAAAAGGACUUGAUUGUUUAGCAUCUCUAAGAUGUUUAUAUUUGUAGGAGAAUGUAAUUAGAAAAAUUGAAAACUUACAUAUGUUGACUGAUCUAAUCAAUUUAAAUCUUAGUGAUAAUAUGAUAACCAAAAUUGAAGGGUAUGUAUAGAUAUUUAAAUAUUUAGUUUGGAAUAAUGUUAAAAAUUAUAGACUCUUUAAAUCAAAAGAAAUAGAGUCGGAUUAAAUGGACUUAGUGAUUUAGAAGGAUUGCUUUGUUUGCCUAAUUUAUCAGUUUUGGAUGUAUCAGAUAAUAAAAUAGAUGAUCCAAAUGUUUUGGAUGAAAUAUUUUUAAAACUUCCGCAAUUAUCAGUUUUAUAUUUUUAGAAUAACACAGCUGGAAAACAAAUUCAACAUUAUCGUAAGACUUUUAUAAACAAAAUAAAGACUUUAAAAUAUUUGGAUGAUAGGCCUGUAUUUGAUGAUGAAAGAAGUAUAAAUAUAAAUAUAUUAAAUUUAAGGAUUUGCAGAAGCCUUUGCCAAAGGAGGAUUAGAUUUGGAAAGAGAAGAAAGACAAAAGUACAAAAAAGAAUAAGAAGAAGAACAUAUGAGAUAACAUUAGAAUUUUAAAGACAUGAUUCGUAAAUACAGAGAAGAAUAAUAAUAAUAAUAAGAAUAAUAAUAAUAAUAAGGAUAAUAAUAAGGAUAAUAAUAAGAAUAAUAGGAUGAUAAUAAUGUAUCUGAUAAUGAAGAACCUUCUCAUCUAUCAACUUACAAUACUUAAUCAAAUACUAGUGAAGUUAGAUCAUCUGCUCAAUAAUCUGCUUAGUAAUCAGCUUAGCAUUCUGAACAUUAAUCAGAGAAACUUUCAGAUAAGUAAUCUGAUAAUUAAUCUGAAAAUAAUUCUAGAAUUGCAGAUGGACAUAGUGAACAUAGAAGUGUAGAGGGAGAUUAAAAAAGUAUUGAUGGGGCUAGUGAACAUGGAAGUGAAUAAGUAGAAAUUAAUACUAUAGCCAACUUUGGAUAAUCAGUUGAACUUGAUGAAAUCGAUUGA